GCCCUUUUAUUAGGACAUCUAUUUAAUCCUUUUAAUCUUAAGGAGUGGAAGAACAAUCUCCCUCAAACUGAAAAAAAAAAAUAAUUAAGAAAAAUUUAGAGAAGAAUUUCAAUUCAUUAGGCUACAAUGGCUCUUGCUGUUACUUCAUCGUCAUCUGCUGCAAUUUCUGGUUCUUCAUUUUCUCGUUCAACUGCCUCCUCUGAGCUUAAAGUUCCACAGAUUGGUUCAUUUAGAAUAUUGGAACGGGGACAAGGACAAGGUCAGAGUUCAUCUUUGAAUCUUUCACAAAGAAAAAGCGCUGUGAAGCCUAUUAAUGCCGAGCCUAGAAGAAACGAUUCCAUUGUUCCUUCAGCAGCAACCGUAUCUGCUCCUGAGGUACACAAAGAAAGAAUUGAGACUGAGGAUUUUGAGAAAUUGGCUAAAGAUCUCGAAAAUGCUUCCCCUCUUGAAAUUAUGGAUAAAGCCCUUGAGAAAUUCGGCGACGACAUUGCAAUUGCAUUCAGUGGUGCUGAAGAUGUUGCUUUGAUUGAGUAUGCACAUUUAACUGGUCGACCCUUUAGGGUUUUCAGUUUGGAUACUGGGAGGUUGAACCCAGAAACUUAUCAAUUUUUCGACACAGUCGAGAAGCACUAUGGCAUCCGCAUUGAGUACAUGUUUCCAGACUCUGUUGAAGUUCAGGCAUUAGUGAGGAGCAAAGGGCUCUUCUCUUUCUAUGAAGAUGGCCACCAAGAGUGCUGCCGUGUGAGGAAGGUGAGGCCCCUGAGGAGGGCUCUUAAGGGGCUACGAGCCUGGAUUACUGGUCAGAGGAAAGACCAAUCUCCAGGUACUCGUUCUGAAAUCCCAGUUGUCCAAGUCGACCCUGUUUUUGAGGGCUUGGAUGGUGGAGUUGGCAGCCUUGUGAAAUGGAACCCUGUAGCAAAUGUUGAUGGUGGAGAUGUUUGGAACUUCCUCCGUGCCAUGGAAAUCCCUGUGAAUUCAUUGCAUUCUCAAGGCUACGUCUCCAUUGGCUGCGAACCAUGCACAAGGCCGGUUCUACCUGGACAACACGAAAGAGAAGGAAGGUGGUGGUGGGAGGAUGCCAAAGCUAAGGAGUGUGGUCUUCACAAGGGAAACAUCAAACAGGAAGAUGGUCAGGCCACUGAUGCAGCUAAUGCAAGUGGAGCUGCUGCAGAAUCAGACAUUUUCGAGUCAUCGAAUUUGGUGACUUUGAGCCGAUCAGGGAUAGAGAAUUUGACAAAAUUGGAGAACAGAAAGGAACCGUGGCUUGUAGUGAUGUAUGCACCAUGGUGCCCAUUUUGCCAGGCAAUGGAAGGAUCUUACUUGGAAUUGGCUGACAAAUUGGCUGGAAGCAAUGUCAAAGUUGGAAAGUUCAGAGCAGAUGGUGAGCACAAGGAGUUUGCAAAGAGUGAAUUGCAGCUAGGAAGCUUUCCCACCAUACUUUUCUUCCCUAAACACUCAGCUCAGCCAAUAAAGUACCCUUCAGAGAAGAGGGAUGUGGAUUCUUUGAUGGCUUUUGUAAACGCCCUAAGGUGAUGUCAUUGUUGAGCAGUUCUAUCAUGAAUAAAAAGGAAGGGAUUAAAUUUUGUAGGGAAAAAUCUAGAUGUGAAUUUGGGGGGUCAACGUAUAUUGAGUUGACAAAACAAAGGGGAACAACGUAUAUUGUAUAUUUCUAAGUUCGUUAGCCGUAGUUGUGCUUGUUUGUUUUCGCUCUUAUUAGUUUGUUAAAGUUACCGUUUAAUGUGCUGUUUUUGCAACUCUUUCAAGUUUAAUACCAAGAUUCUUCACAGCGUAAA